AUGGCGCCGCUUCCCAGCCUGCCUCUCGCCCGCCGCAGCCCCGCCUCUGCCGGCCAGGCCCACCCUCGGCCACGCCUCUCCGCCUCGGGGUCGCAGGCGGCGCCGGGGCCCCGCCCUCGGGGGUGUGGCUCUCACUGCAGACGCCAGCCCGGAGGAGCGUGUGUGGAACACAAGGGCGGGGCCAUUGUCUACACAUGUGCACAGUUGGUGGGGCCUUCUUCCUUCUCACCAAACGCGGCCGAUGUGGUGCUCAAGCACUUCGUGGUUGUUGGCCAAGUGGCCUGCGUCUCCUUUGGGCCUCAUGCCGGAAAGCUGGUUGCGACUGUAGAUGUUAUUGAUCAAAACAGGGCUUCGGCUGAUGGACCUUGCACUCAGGUAAGAAGACAGGCCAUGCCUUUGCAAUGCAUGCAGCUCACUGGCUUCAUCUUCAAGUGCCCACACAGUGCCUGCCAGAAGUAUGUCCGACAAGCCUGGCAGAAGGCAGACAUAAAUACAAGAUGGGCAGCCACAAGAUGGGCCAAGAAGAUUGAAGCCAGAGAAAGGAAAGCUAAGAUAACAGAUUUUAAUCAUUUCAAAGUCAUGAAGGCAAAGAAAAUGAGGAACAGAAUAAUCAAGAAUGAAGUUAAAGAGCUUCAAAAGGCAGCUCUCCUGAAAGCUUCUUCCAAAAAAGCACCUGCAAGGGCAGCAGCUGCUGCUAAAGUUCCAGCAAAAACGAUGACCGCUGCAGGCAAAAAGGCUCCAGCCCAGAAGGUUCCUGGCCAGAAAGCCACAGGCCAGAGGGUAGCACCUCCUCCGAAAGCUCAGAAGGGUCAAAAAGCUCCAGCCCAGAAAGCACCUGCUCCAAAGGCAUCUGGCAAGAAAUGAUAAGAUGCUAUUAUAAAAGUAAUAAAGAUUCUUCUUGACC